AUGGAUGGCGAACCAAUGUCAUUCACCAGUCUAGCACUGAUGCUCCUCUUAGUGAUAGCAUUUAUAAUGUUCGCCUGUCACUGUUUGGGACCACGCGCCAAUACAUGGAUGCGAUCGAAUAAGGAAGAGAAAAUUGGACUAUCGAAAAAUAAACUUUUCCAUGCGAAUGGUUAUAUGAUCCAUUCCGGCUCUGAAUUCUUACUCAGCAACAGCGGCAGCUUUAAGCGGUUCGAUACAAUCGAUAAGGAUGAUUACCGGCAGUCGGGCCAACAGCCUACACAGCAUGCCACUACGCCACUCUGGAAUCUCGCUGGCGAGGGGGAAGUUGACUCAAAUAUACCACCACAACCGUUACGACCUGCACCUGCACCUGGCUCACAACCCCCUGCCAGUGCAAGUCAUAUAAAAACAGUUACCUUUUCAUUUGAACAAAUCAAUGAGACCACGCCCACUACCAGCAAUAAUAGCCAACGAUUCGGAGAUCAAAUAAACUCGAAUGGACGUACUGGCAAUAGCGAAAGCGCGACAAUGGUUUCAUGCAGGCGUUCUUCUAUGAAGUCCACGAAUAGCGCCGUACCUAAACCAAUUGAGGCACCACCUCCGCCACGGUUGUCUGCCUCGUCGUUGGCCUUGAGCGCUAGCGCCAUACCCCGACCGGUGGCUAAGAGACAGGUCUCAUUGCAAAAUGUCGGUAACGGUGCAGGUGCCACAGGUGCACAUAAGGAAACAAUCAAAACAGCAACUACAAAACAGGAAACUGAAGCUUUACCCACAAAAACGACAACAACUGCGAACACUUCAAAUGCGGAACAUAGCCAUUCAAAGACGUUGAAGCGUCGCAAUUCCAGCACAAACCCCUUCCUUUGUGAAUCCGUUGAGAGCUUACCGGAAUCCAACACUGCCUUACCACUACAGCAAACAUCGCAACAACAACAACAACACCAACAACAGCUUAACACACAUAAUAACGUGCAAAAUAAUUCUAACUACAAUGCCACCAAUUUCAAUGGACAUAUGGGCAAUGGUACCACAGCACACACUGAAACGGCUACGCUGGCAACAACUACCAGCACAAACGGCAAUGCUGCAAAUGGUGUCUGCAAUCCUUUCUACAGCGAAUUGACCCAAGCGACAGAUACGAUAACAACCAACUCUAGCAGCACUGCACCAACAUCGCUAAGCGCGAAAUCACUACAACAACAGUUCCAAGAACUCCGCAAUCGCUCCCUCUCCACCACCGAUGCAUCCGAAGACUCCGAACUGAAGUCGCUUUCAAGUGGACUGCGGCGGUUGACACAAAACUCAACAAAUCCCUUCACCGGCUUGACACAGCGGGUACAAAAGGGGCCACACAUGCUACAGAAAACCUUCUCCGAAGAUUUCCUCUUCCGCAAACUGGGUGUUAAUCCGAGUGGAGCACACAAUACACAGACGACACAUUGCAUACUCGGUUUGAGUGGCAACGGCAGCAGCAGUGGUAGUGGCAAUACAACCUGGUCUUUCGGUCGUUCACUACUGCGCCAAGAUUCUCUAAUGAGCCUUGGCCGACGCAAUAGCUCACAAUGUUCACUCGAUUCGAGCGCGAGCGGUUCAAUGGAGGGCAUCAACUUGGAACGGGCCAUCUCAUGUGACUCGGUGAACUCGGACACCUCGUCAGUGUUUGUGGGCGAAUUGGAUCAGCCAUAUACACAGAUAACCGGCUACCUGUGUGUCGGUUUGCAAUACGAUAAAAAUUCUAUUACCGACGAGGGCAUGGAGCUCACCGUUAUGGUGCUGGAGGCAAAGGGGCUAAUUUGUCCUUUUAACGUCGAGUCGUUAGACACUUUUGUGCGCGUUUAUCUUGUACCAGACGAGGCGGUAGCAAUGCAGACGAAGGUAUUCAAAGACUCCGUCACGCCCAGCUACAAUGAAUCGUUCAACUUUUGGCUAAAAAAACAACAAUGUCGACAUUCGCUUUGGUUCCAUUUAUAUCACAAUGGCGACGCGCAUACGCUUAUCGGUGAAGCAGAAAUGGAAAUCGGUGAAAUGCCACGGCACGUCACUACAUGGAUACCACUAACCGAUUCGCGCAAAUGUAAUGCACAGUGGGGCGAACUAAUGUUCUCAUUAAGUUAUUUGCCCACAGCGGAACGCCUUACAGUUGUGGUGGUGAAAGCGCGAAAUUUGAAAAUGGAAAUAAAAGAGGUUGGCAAAACAGCAACACCGCAACAAGUGCAAAGCGUUUUUGUAAAAGUCUACUUGAUGAACAACGAGAAGAAAGUACUAAAAAAACGUACCUCUCUAAAACGUCGUGAUUUGUGCCCCAUAUUCAAUGAGUCGAUGAUCUUCAGUGUGCCUCCGCCAAGUCUCACCACUGUACAAUUGCGUCUCACCGUUUUUGGUGUAACGGAAGCUGAGGAUGGUGAGCGUGGCACACCGCGUAUUGCACCGAUAGGUCAUGUGAUAGCUGGUGCUUGUGCUACGGGCAAGGGAUUGCGCCACUGGCAUCAAAUGCUCUCUUCGCUGCGCAAACCGGUGGCCAUGUGGCAUGUAUUGAGACGCGCCUCCUAUCAACCAAUAUUUACUGGUGGCGCCGAGGCUGUCGUAGCCGCCAUGCAAAGCUCUGCCUUACGUGCCAAGCGCAACAGUAUUAUAUAAAUUGUUGUUACUGUAAAUGAGCAACUUGGGGAAGAAAUCCAAUAUUUAUUGUGAAAAAAUUGUUCAUUACAAACGAAAAA